CCUCAACACUUCUAUUCCAACUGAAACACCAGCAGCGCUGUUUGUCAAGGCUACACCAUCGCCCAAAAGCUCACGAAUAAGUCUUACAUUUGAACUGCCACGGAGUGUGAACCGCAGCAACAAUGGCUUCCACCGAACCGCUGCCCCAAACAACCGACAGCAACGCUCCGGCGCCUACCGAAAGUGAACCUCUCCUCGGCCGACCCGGCGAUGCCACCCAGCGACCGGACGCGCCUUUGUUCAAGAACCUCUUUCUGGGCACAGCCUGGCUGGCCCAAGUCGGCGCCAUCCUCCUGCUCGCGAUCCUCUGGUCCGCCGUGUUCACGCACCCGACUCUCCCACUAGUCUCGCCGCACCCGCUGCUCCAAUCCCUCGGCGUCUUCACCGUCCUGCAGGCCAUCCUGAUCCUCCAGCCAACGCAUACGCCGGCAUCCAAGCUGGCGGGGCAGCGCGCGCACGCGCUGCUCCACCUGCUCUCCUUCUCCCUCUUCGCCGCCGGCACGACCAUCAUCGAGACGAACAAGCAGGUGCACGGGCUGCCGCACUUCCACUCGCCGCACGCGUACCUCGGCACGGCGGCCGCCGCGCUGCUGCUCGCGCAGUACGCCUUCGGCCUGACCAUCUGGGCCGCGCCGCGCCUGUACGGCGGCGAGGCCCGCGCCCGCGCGCUGUGGAAGUACCACCGCGCCGUGGGCUACGCGGCGCUGGUGCUGCUGCUGGCGACCGUGGCGGCCGCCGUCGAGACGGACUACGUCCGGGCGGAGCUGCGCCUGCGGCUGUGGGCCGUGCUGCUGGCCGAGGGGCUGAUUGUGGUUGGGGUGUUUCCGAGGGUGCAUUUGAGGAAGUUGGGGCUGAGGGGGUAACUAAUGAGCUGAGUGGGUCGGUGAAUGAUAGGGGUUUCGUUGCGGGAGGGAGACAAGGAAGGAAGGGCUGAUAUCAAGGCCCAUAAUGGUUUUUGCUUUGGGUAAUUAUGAUUUG